AUGGCGAGCUCCAACGUAGCACUGGUAACAGGGGGUGCGAGCGGGAUUGGUCUUGCUCUCACGAAACAUCUUCUUCAACGUGGUUUCAGGGUUGUUGUUGCUGACUUGAAUGGGAAGCGAGGAGCGGAACUUCAGCAGGAACUUGGAUCAGAAUUUCUUUUUGUUGAAUGCGAUGUUACAGACUGGAAUGCACAAGCAAAAUUGUUCAGAAAGGCAUACGACUGGGCCGGACAGAUUGAUUUUCUCGCCGCCAAUGCUGGCAUUGCAUCGAUUGAGCCGGUCUACGAGUUGUCGAUGAACGCAGCGGGCGAAUUAGAAAAGCCAAACCUCGCUACAAUCGAGGUGGACCUUCUUGCUGUUUUCUAUGGUCUUACAUUGUUCAGACACUAUCAUCAGAAAAGAGAAGACAGAGGCGAAGGCAAGAUAGUCGUCACUGCCAGCCAGUCAGGCCUAUAUCCGCUUCAUUUCCGCCCAACAUACUCGGCCGCAAAACAUGGUGUCAUCGGCUUGGUCAGAUCGGCAGGCCAGCGGCUCCUCAAAAGCGAUGGGAUUACUUUGAAUGCCAUCUGUCCUGGGCCUGUGAUGACGGGUAUCGAUGCAGAUAUGCUAAAACACAUUCCUGAAAACUGCCGCACACCUAUUCAACUACUCAUGGAUGCAUUCGACAAGUGCAUUGAUGAAGACAUUUCUGGUGCCGUCAUCGAAUGCUCCAAUGAAAAGAUGUACUUGCGAGAUCCUGUAGACUACUGUGACGAGUGUGCACGGUUUCUCAGCGUAGACCUUACCAAGGCCGCCGUCUUUCAUCAAAAAGGGUGA